GCGGCUACUGGUAGACAACCCAAUAGUAGUAGACUUUUCAUAAACGAUCUCCACGUUUUGCGGACAACAGCGUGGAUAUUUAAAUAUUUGGAAAUCACGUUACGGUGACAAAAUCCGUGUAUUUUUUAACGAGAAAUUCUUAAAUUGAAUCAGACAAAAUGGCAAAGUCACACUCCGGGAGCAAGGCUCCAAGAAAAGAAGGAUUCAACAGAUCUGGGCAUAGUAUGAAUCCUGAACGAUCAACAGAAGGCCUGAAAGGAGUAGCCAGAGCUCGUACAAAGUCAACCAUCAAACGGCUCCAGAUGUAUAGGAAUUCAAAACCUAAGAGAAAUAGGGUUGGUAAAAUCAUCAGUCCAGCUCCUUUCCAGGGGUGGCACGCAUCUGGUACGGUAUCUCGGGUUGAGCCCAGCCAAAAGUGGUUUGGGAAUACAAGAGUUAUUUCUCAAAAUGCCCUUCAGAAAUUUCAAACUGAGCUAGGCUCAGCCAUCAAAGAUCCGUAUCAGGUGGUGAUGAAGCAAACUCGGCUACCUGUUACUUUACUACAGCAAAAAGCGGCAAAUGCUCGAGUACAUUUACUAGAAACUGAGAGCUUUCAAAAUGUAUUCGGGCCUAAAAAGAUUCGGAAGAAACCAAAUUUGACUGUGACUUCAUAUGAUAGUCUGCAAACGCAUGCAAUUGAAAAAGAGGAAAAAUAUAACUCUGAGAAAGACACAAAAGACUACGAUCUAAUUAGACCUUAUGACGGAACGCGAGAUGCUCAAAGAGACUGGGUGAUGGCAGCAGGUCAGAGUAGGCGAAUUUGGAAUGAAUUGUACAAAGUAAUUGAUUCUUCAGACGUUAUUCUUCAAAUUUUGGAUGCCAGGGAUCCGAUGGGUACUCGAUCACCGCCUGUAGAAAAGUAUUUAAAAACCGAAAAAACCCACAAGCAUUUAAUUUUUAUAUUGAACAAAGUUGAUCUGGUACCGACUUGGGUUACACAGCGGUGGGUCGCGAUAUUGAGUGCUGAAUAUCCUACUCUGGCCUUUCAUGCUUCACUGACCCACCCCUUUGGAAAAGGUUCUCUGAUCAAUCUUUUACGACAAUUUGGCAAGCUGCAUGGUGAUAAAAAACAAAUAAGUGUAGGCUUCAUUGGUUACCCAAACACCGGAAAAAGUUCAAUAAUAAACACCCUUAGAUCUAAAAAAGUGUGUAAAGUUGCGCCAAUUGCUGGAGAAACUAAAGUUUGGCAAUACAUUACUCUGAUGCGGCGCAUAUAUCUGAUAGAUUGUCCUGGUGUAGUAUACCCUUCAACUGAAACAGAUACUGAGAAAGUUUUGAAGGGGGUUGUUAGAGUGGAGCUCAUAACUAACCCUGAGGAUUAUAUUCCUCAUGUACUAGAACGUGUUAAGCCAGAGUACAUGCGUAAAACCUAUAAACUGGAGGGGUGGACUGACCAUGUAGAUUUUCUAGAAAAACUAGCUCAUCGAACAGGCAAACUACUUAAAGGUGGAGAACCUGAUAUAGGAAUAGUAGCACGAAUGGUUCUCAAUGAUUGGCAGCGAGGUAAACUUCCAUUCUUCGUUCCACCUGUUGGAUUUGAAAAUCCUCUACCUAAAAAGGUCAUUGAAGAAACACCUGAGGUCGAAGAACCAACUGAGAAUGCUGAAGAUGCUACUUCAGAAGCUGGUAGCAAAUCUGAUAGUAAGAAGGCUAAGGACUCCUUCAAACUUGGCCUUAACGUUGUACAGGACUUUACAAAAAUUAGAAUCGGAUUAUCGUUCUCUAAAGAGGAUAAUGAAGAUGCCAAUGAAGAUGCAGCUAAUGGUGAUAGGAAUGAAAGCAAGAAUUUGGUCACAUCUGCUGAUGAAUCCCAACUUGUUGAAUCAGAUGAUGAGAAUGGAGACAAAGAUGAGAAUGAGGAUGAGGAUGAGGUUGAGGAUGAGGAUGAAAUUAAGGAUAAAGAGGAAAAACUAGAGGAAAGUGACUCAAAAACAGAAGGUACAACGAGUGAAACAUCAUCUGUAAAUAAAAAAAGUGAUGUAGUGGCAGAAGACACAGGGGUAAAUAGUUCUGUAGAAUAUGAUAAGCAUUGUCACGUAAUUGAGAAAGAUAACUUGCUGCAAAGUGCGUAUGAUGUUGUAGAAGAAGAGUACGAUUCUAGUGAUAGCGAAAUUGUAGAAACCAAAACUGUAUCCAGUAGUGGUACAUUCAGCAUAUCCGAAGAACCAAGAACAAAAAGAAAUAUUGAUCCCAAUGAAAAGAAGCUGACUAGUAAACAGAAAAGAGCUAAAGACCGAGCAAGUAAAAGGAAGAAGAUUGGAAGUGAUUUCUACGAAGUGACGAAUGUUAAAAAUCGAAAUAGGAACAGAAAAGUCCCAAAACGAAAAUAGAUUUACGUCAUUAUUAUUUAAGAAUUUCAUUUAUUUGGAUAAGGAAAUGAUUCACUCCUUAUAUUAGUCCAUAUUUUAAUUCAAAAUGUAAAUAUUAGGCGAUCAAUGAUUGAAGUAUGUCGAGUAUAAAUUUCAAAAGUAUAUUCUCAA